AUGGGAGGCUGGAGCCCCCUGAGUCGUGCAUUCUGGGUGCCCGGUAAGGGCAGAGAACUGGCGGGCAAGUACGAGAAAACGAUUCUACUGAUUUCUCUGCUGUACAUCCCCGUAGUGUUGAUAUUGCAAAAGGUGAUGAGGAAGAGGAAGGAGAUAGAGGCGAAGGCGUUGAAGGUGGCAUGGAAUGUGUGCCUGUCGGUGUUCUCCCUUAUAGGAGUGUUGCUUAUCCUUAUAUAUGAUCCAAGUGUGUUGAAGAGUAUAAUUCUGGAGGAGACAGAGUACAAACCGGAAACAAGAGCAGUCAUCAGUAUUUUCACGCUGACAAAAGUAGUGGAGUAUGGAGAUACCAUAUUUCUAAUUUUAAAAAAAAAAAAAUUAACAUUCUUACACAGUUACCAUCACUUAAGUGUAGUUAUCUAUUGUUUAUAUUCUCAGAAAGAGUUAGUUUCUCACGCGCAUUACUUUGUCUUUCUCAACUUAGUGGUCCACACUAUUAUGUAUUUUUAUUUUGGCUUUAUUUAUAUAGUCCCAAAAAUUCUGUACAAGGUCAGGCGAUUUAUAACAUGUUUGCAAAUACUUCAAAUGUUCAUUGGCAUUUUUAUUUCCUACUAUGCUAUAAAAAAUGUGGAUAAUGAAAUAUACGUAAAAAAUGCAAUAGCUAGUUUAGCUUUAUACUUAACAUAUGCCAUAUUGUUUUUAAAUUUUUAUUUUAAUAAUUAUUGCAAAAAUGUAAAAAGCAACGUUGCCACGUACAUUAUCAGCGUACAUAUAUUGGGACUCAUUGGACUUAUAAUGAUAUGUACAAGUAAUGACACUCUAAGGUUAUUCAUUGAAGUGUCUAUUGGAUGUGUAUUCACGUUAACGUUACUCAGUUGCUCCUUUCAUUUUAACACUCAUUAUUGUAACAUUUGGAAGAACAAAAUAGGCGACUCAAACGUUUUCGAGCAGACAGACUUAUUUAACAUUUAUAAGGAUAAGUACUUUUCCAAUAUGGCCUUCUUAAAAAAAAUGACUGUACAUAUGAUUAAGACAUUUCUCCUUUGCUUCAAUGGUCUCGCAACGUAUGCGCAUGACACCAUAUUCCUUUUUGUAAAUUUUUAUUCGGAGAGGCUUAAGAGGAUUGCGCAUGAGUCAGCUGUUAUGGAGAGAGGGGGCCAAUCACUCAUUGCAGGGCGUCAGCUGGUGGGGGAUUUUGCCACAAAGAGGAGCACACACGGGAAUGCACAGAUACAUGUACAUGCGAAUGAACAGAUGAGUGGACAAAUGAAUGUACAUGCGAAUCGACGAACAAAUGUGGUGCACACUCCUAACGAAGGAAAAAACAGAACGAACAAAGUCAUCUUCCUAAUUAAAGACCUUUACAACAGAUCCAUAAUUUCCUACAUCAUAUACAAAUCCCCCAUCGAAAGUAUUAGCAAAAAUUUGGAGUCCAUUUCGCCUGACCAGUCAGUAAAGAAAUCUGCCGAACUUACACUUCUUGGCAUGGCUAAGCAGGUAAUACAGAACUACCUCCUCUACAUUGUCUGCUUAAUUCUCCCUAUAUAUUACGGACUGCGCGUGUACAACGAUGCGUUACUGGGCCUGUGUGUACACGGCGCACUCAGGUGGCUCAUCGAAAUUUACUCUACCAAGAUUUUUAACAAGUCGCACAAACUGCACGGGCAUUGA